AUGUACUGCAAAUGGUCCAUUCAACAAACAACUAAAACACAAGUUAUUAAGCAAUGCAUAGGUGGAAGCUAUCACAAAAAAGAAGUUGCUUCUAAUUCUCGAGCCUCAGCAGCCUGUUAUUCCUAUGUAGGGUGUUUUGCAUUUGCAGCGAUAUAUAUUUAUGAUAAUGAAAUUUGCGGCAUUGCAGGAUUUUUAGAGCAUUUUGUGCAAUAUAUUCUUGCUCAAAAUGCAAGAACAGUGAAAAAUGUGUUUAGAAAUAAAACAGAUCGUCUAGAAAUCAUUAUCAGCACCCAAGAGCAACAGGACUAUGCAUGGCAAUACGGACAUAAAAAUCUUAUUCUUGUAGAUGGAACCUUUGGAAUCAGCAAACAUAAAUUACUUUUAUUUACUAUUAUGCUUAAUAUUAUUAACCCAUUUGACCGUAAAAUUCUUAAGCAAGAAUUUUUACAAGUAACCUAUUUAUCACCAAGCAUAAAAUGUGAUGAAUCAACCAAGAAAUUACUUGAUAUGAAUAAGGUAAUAAAAUAUGAAAUAGAAGAUUCAACAGGAAAUAUUUAUGUAGAAGUUGAAUCCGAAACCACACCAGAAUUGAUUUACACAACUUGUGUGUAUGGACAACCAACCAACAUUUGUUGCCAAUGUCUCGAUUUUUUUCAAAAGGGAAUUAUAUGUAAGCACCUUCGUGCAGCAGCUCUGUAUAUUGAUGAACUUUGUAAGCAAGAGCAAUAUUCACAUUUACCUGAAAUAACCUUUCUAACCUAUAAAGAAACUCAAAUAAUGCCAUCAUCUACUUCAUUUGCACAAAACCAACCAAGUUCUAAAGUAAUUGAUAUUAACAGGCUAAAUGUUACUGUUAUUCAUAGACAAAAAUUCAAAGAAUUCUUAGAAUCUACUUCAAGAAAACUAUGUAAUACUGAUCAAUAUGCCUUACAGACUCACCUCCAUAACAUUAUUGCCUCAAAUUCCUUUAAAGAAGCACAGAUUUUAGUAGAUGUUAUGCAUGAAGAUAUGAAUCCUCGUAGGAGUAUAAUUUCUGACACAGAUAUUCUUUCACUAGCAUAUGAAGCUAAACAACAACGGAAACCAUCUUACAAAAGCUUCUAA